UGCCUGCCAUUUACAAUAAUCUCCGAGAAUACUCGCCCUCGCUGCGCAACAUCCUUCACCGCGCGAUCGCAGUACAACUGGACGCGAUCGUGCUCGCAAGACCGCGCUGGCCACUAUCGACGCGCGCUGCUUCGUGAACCGACGCGGGCACCCGUGGCAAACACCGUCCGAACACUGCUCAGUCGCGGCAGCGCAACGGCAGCGCCAUGGAAUCAUUCGACAACAUCUACCUCGACCUCUCCAAGGAGCCAGGGAAAUGUCGUCUGGCCGAAUCCGGACUGGGAUGGAAGCCAUCGGGGGGUCAAACAUUCACACUGGAUAAGAGCGAGUUCUUGAGUGCGCAAUGGAGUCGAGCCGCGCGGGGUUACGAAAUGAAGAUCUAUGGGAGGAACCAAGGUGUCGUGCAACUUGAUGGCUUCAAGCAAGAGGAUUUCGACACCAUUCAAAAGUGCUUCAAGGUGUGGUAUGGGGUACCGUUCGAGCACAAGGAACACGCACUACGAGGCUGGAACUGGGGAAAGAACGAGCUGGGUCGAAACGAACUGGCAUUCAACGUGCGUAACCAGCCCGCUUUCGAGAUUCCCUACACAGAAAUCAGCAACACCAAUCUUGCCGGCAAGAACGAAGUUGCCGUUGAGUUCUCGUUGCCGGCGGACGGCGAAGACACAGGUACAAAUGGCCACCUCGGAGGCGCGAGAGCGAAAGGAAAGAAGAUGGGAGGCGCAGCAGACCAGCUGACCGAGAUUCGAUUUUACAUUCCCGGCACGGAGAAGAGAGCCAAGGGCGAUGACGAAGACGGAGAGGAUGUGGAGGAAGGGGAAGAGGCUGAGCAGCAGAACGCGGCCAAUUUGUUCUACGAGACGUUGAUGAACAAGGCUGAAAUCGGCGAAGUCGCCGGAGACACAUUUGCGACCUUCCAGGACAUCCUUCACCUCACACCCCGUGGACGCUUCGACAUCGAUCUAUACGAGAGCUCGUUCCGAUUACGUGGCAAGACGUACGACUACAAGAUCUCAUACGAGAGUGCGAAGCGAUUCUUUCUCCUUCCCAAACCGGACGAUAUGCAUCAACUUCUCUGCAUUGGGCUCGAUCCUCCGCUUCGACAAGGUCAAACGCGAUAUCCUUUCCUUGUUAUGCAGUUCAAGAAGGACGAAGAAGUGGCUAUCGAGCUCAACAUGACAGACGAGCAACUGGAGAAGUACUCUGGAAAGCUGCAGCCGAAGUACGAAGCCCCUAUAGGAAAUGUGGUUUCCAAGAUCUUCCACGGUCUUACUGGCAAGCGCUUGAUCCAGCCAAGCGACCAAUUCGUCAGCCACCACCAGAUGAGUGGAGUCAAGUGCAGCAUCAAAGCCAACGAGGGCCAUCUCUUCUGCCUGGACAAGGCAUUCCUUUUCGUCCCAAAGCCAGCGACCUAUCUCUCGUUUGAGCAGAUUUCAAGCGUGACCAUGAGCCGCGUGGGCGGAGCUGUUAGUGCCAGCCGCACAUUCGACAUUUCGGUCCUGCUGAAGAGCGGAGGAGACCAUCAAUUCUCCAACAUCAACAGAGAGGAGCAGCAACCGCUUGAGAGCUUCCUCAAGGCCAAGGGCAUCAAGACGAAGAAUGAGAUGGAUGGGGAUAGUGGCAUGCUUGCUGCCGCUCUCGCCAACGAUCCUGACCUCGUUAGUAGCGAGGAUGAGGAGGUUGUGCAGAGGGACAGAGGCAGCGCAGACGAGGAUGACGAAUCUGUUGAUGAAGACUUCCAAGCCGACUCAGAAUCAGAUGUGGCAGAGGAAUUCGACUCGGAUGCCAAAAGCGACAGCGAAGCUGGUAGCGAUGCCGAGAUGGGCGAUGCAGAUGACGGGGACGCCAGCGAGGAGGACACAGCAGCGAAGGUUGAGCGACCGAAGAAGAAGGCCAAGACGUCGAAGUGAGUGUGCGGGUAGGAUCAAGCAAGAUGGACGGCAGGGGACUUCGAGGAUGCCUAUGCAACGGAGCGUCCGAUUUGUGCGAAGCAGCAGCUGCAACCAGAAUCAGCACGAGUUGCUCGCACCGCGAUCUAUCGCAUUCGCACACACCAAACAUGGACUACUGCCGCAUUAUGAGCAUAGCAAAGUGGACAAGGCGUCAGCGGAAUGGUUGCGAGCACAUGCGUUUUGGUCUUCCCUACAGCGAGGGGUGGCGCAGCGCACGCAUGAAUGUAUAGGGGCGCCGCUGGGUUGGAAACUACGUUCGCCUCAAUAAGCAAGAAAUGAAAGAUCGCUCCGACAGUGCAUUG